AUGGACAAAUUAUACAAGGCAAAUAUUUCGAGUUUGUUUUUUAUUGCAGGAUCUCCGAGAUGGAUCAGUUCAAAUCCUUCCGCCACCAACUAUGAUCAAUAUCCUCCAACGAGUAUAGAACCAUUUAUUUUUCGUGUGAAAUGGUUGCUCGACAAAUAUUCCACGAAAGGUCUCGAAAUGAUUCAAAUAUGGAAUGAAGUGAACCUUCCUGCCUUUUGGGCACCCAUGGAAGAUCCCCAAGCCUAUACACAUUUACUGAAUGCCACCUAUUCCGAGCUCAGUAUGAAAUCGAAUGUGAAAAUUGCAAUGGCUGGAAUGGCUUAUUUUAGUGAAAUGCCUUUUCAUAACCAGAAAAUCAUGUUCUACAGCUUGGAGGCAUUGGAUGCCUUCAAUUAUUGUGAUAUUGUUGCGUAUCAUCCAUAUUACAAUACGCCAGAAGGAAAUAUUCCACAAGUGAAUGCUUAUGAUGUUGAAAUGAAAGCACAAGUCGCGAAUCAAUACUUGUCUCAAUUUGGAAAAAAGAUUUAUGCCACAGAAUGGAGAUGGUCGACCUACACGAGUGAUUUUUCUGAACAGCCAUUCAUUACUCUUAGACAACAAGCGGAUUACAUUUUGAAACGAUUGAUCAUGCUCAUGUAUUGUGUUUUGAUCGUGUCUAUCAGUUUUCAUUGUUUGAUUUUCCACCUUUGGAAUUUUCUCUCUUUCGUGAUGGAUGGAAAUGAGAAUUCGACCUUGAGUGAUCGCUCGUUGAUCUUGUUGAAAACUUCCUCACUACUCGUUCCAAUGAAUGAUCCUGGAAAUAUGCAUUCAUUCACAGUACAAAAUUCAAAUGGAGAUGUUUUAUGGAUGUAUUGGAUAACAAGUUCUGAUGCAAUGACCAAUCCAUCCGUCACUUUGGAUGCCUCUUCUUUCAUUAAGCAGAAUGAAUCCUCCUCCUCAAUGAGGUUGUUAGUCUAUGAUCUGAUUGAGAAUGUGAUGGAAGUGAAUCGAACAAUUUUAGAUGUGAAACAUGUGCAAGUGAAUGUGAGGACAACAUUUCGAGUUGCAAAGUUUUCAAUGAUCAUGAACAAUCAUACAAAUCCUAUUCCACCACAGAAACACGAGUCAUCUGUGAAACGUUUCGCAUCAUCAAGAGUGUCUUUGGCUGCAAGGCCAUUCAUUGCACUUUUGGUGACAUUUAUCUGUCACGUUUCGUUGGUCAUGUUCUUAUAA